AUGCCGCGCAAGUUAAAGGAGCGGAAGCAGGAUGUGAAGCUUGUGGAUAGGAAUUUGCCAGGGCCAAGUGCACCCCAGGUCUUUGACUCCGAUGCUGAAGUGGAUGAGAAGGCCUGUAAUGCUUGUGCUGCCGAUGAAGGGCAAGGCGACGCAGGAUAUGUGCAAAAUUCAGAGUUUGUCGAGAGGACUUGUGCCAUGGAGCAGGCUUGCUUGGAAGAAGGCCUGCGCUCAAGGAGUGAGGUAGCCUCAGAGGCCUUUGGUCAUGACAGCGUGCGCGAUGCAUAUGAAGAGCUUGGUGCAGCUGGCUUCUAUGCAUCCAAGGGUGCCUCGUAUGUCAAUCCGCAUGAGCCCCGUCUGUCAGAGGCCCUUCAUAUUGCCUUAGAUCAGUGGCAAGAGCACCUGUCUUCACCUCUCCGCGCUUUGGACCUAGCCUGCGGUAGUGGUGAAGCAACAUUAGCAUUGGAAGCGUGGCUUGAAAAGACCCAAACCGGUGCCAUGGAGCCAGUGCUCGAGGCUGCAGAUCCUUACACCUUCGAGGCCUUCGAGCGCCGCGUCGGGCGAAGAUGUCAUCACUGGAGUUUUCAAGAUGUGGCUGACGGUGUUUUGGAGGAGGAGCCCAUCUACGACCUAGUGCUUUGCAGCUUUGCCCUGCAUCUACUGGAACGCUCAUGGCUCACUUGUACUGUCAGCUCCCUUGCCCGCCGGGCACGGCUUUUGGUGGUGGCAACUCCUCACAAGCGUCCCCUCAUCGAGAGAAAAACAGGCUGGGAGCAGGUUGCAGAGGUGCUUCACGCGAGAGUUCGGGUGAGGCUUUACCGCUCACUUGUGGUGGACGACAUCGCAUACUAG